GAAAUUCUCAAACUAAAAACGUUCUCAAUUCCAAAUUCCAGUAUAUGGGUUGAUGGAUAGUGUACCCGGUGGUAGCUUAUCCGAAGGGUUAUUACGGGGAACAAGAAGAGAGAAGUCAGAGCAAGUAAGUAUAGAGAGAGAAAGUAUAUUGUAGAGUGUGGAGCGUUUUCAGCGUGGUUACAAAUGGGGAAAUGGGGUGCUAUUUAUAGUAGCAAUAAAUGUCGGACAGGGACACGUGUCAAGCGUCCAUUGGCCGAGAGGUCACCUCAACUGGUUGGCGCUGGCAACCGCAUGUGGCCGCAUUUAAUGCGGCUGUUGGAUGGGACGUUGUACAGGGUACAGUGAUCUGUACACAUGUGGCGCGGAUAUCAUGUCGGGGAAGGUGCCCUCGGCUGUAGGGGACUAGCCGAGAGCUCUGAGUACUGGGGACCCCCUUGGUGCCGAGGGCUCCAGGUGCCGAGGGCUACUGAUUUUCGCCGUUUUUCCCAGUAACUUUGUUUUGCUGUCUUGGCCCUCCUGUGAGAGUUAGAGCCUUCGGCCAAGGGGCCGAAGGCACCCCUGGUGCGCAUUUGUGGGCUGCUUGGUACUCUGGGCGCUGUGAUUUGGGACUGUUGGGCCUUCUGGGCCUGUUGGGCCUUGAUUGGAGUAGUAGGAGUCUAUGGGCCGGGGGUUCCCGGGCCAUAUACUCCAUCAGGAGUCCCUCACUCCUUUUGCCGAAAGGUACUUGAGGGAAAAGGAGUAAUUGUGUUUGUCCUCUGCCUUUGUUCCGUUUGUAGUUUGUAGAGUUGUGGGUAGUUUGCUGUUUGUUGAUUCUGCCGAGGGCAGUCCCUCAGUUACCCACAUGUCGGGACUUGAGGGGUCAUGUUUGUGAUUUUUGUGAUUUUUCCCGAGAGGGGGUCCUCCAGUCCCCCACUCCUUGAGGCACUUGCAAAGUGGUGAAAAGGAGUGAAGUAUUUGCGUUGCUGUUGUGGGCCGAAGGCUGACGCUUUUCGUUUCAUUUUGGGGGGAUGCCUCGUUAAAAACCUCAUUAGGAAAAACCAUAUGGGAAAAAAUCCUAAUGAGGGAAAAAGAGUGCACCGAGUUCCCCCAACGAUGAAUCAAAAAUGUGAAAACUUGGUUCAAAAUGGAGAAUAAUGAUGAUGCCGAAGGCUCUCCCAGUUCUGAGAGUUCAUGUGUUGAUUAGUCGGGGGCUUGCUGUUGAUGUCCUGGGGGUGCCGAAGGGGGGUCCCUCAAUCUGGGGAUCGAGGGCGUAAUGAAUGAUGGUAGUGGUUGGAGUGUUACCGGGGUGUCCCCUGUUUGUUGAUUAGUUGGUGAUGAGGAUAUCCGAGGGCUCCCAUUACCUGUGUGCCGUAGGCUAUCCGUCAAUGAGGUAUACUCCCCGGGGGCUACCCGGCCCCUACAGUGCUGAGGGGGGAUCCCCGAGGGGUGGCCUGAUAUGAAGCCUUGGGCUUCUGAAGGAGUGAUCCCGAAGGCGUCUGUUACGUACCGUGUGGGGCACAACCCGGGGGCGUCUCUGGGUAAGUGUACCCGGAGGCUUUCCCUGAUGAAGUGGAGUGAAGUAAAAAACCCGGGGGCUCCCAGAAUAUAGCCGUUGGAAAUAUAGCCGUUGGAAUAUGUAACGUCAGGAUAUAGCCGUUGGGGGGUUGCCACGUCGUGCGUGCUCGUUGGCUGCCCGUGGGCGGGCGUCACCGAUUGGAUGAAACCUCGGUCGGUAAUGAUGGCGAUCCAACCAGAGGCCCGGUUUCCAGGCCCAAGCCCGGAUCCCAGUGCCUAUAAAUACCCCAAGGCCAGGGCCAUUCUCCGCUGUGCGAUUUCAGUGUAGCGAAGCUCUGGCAAAAAUUUUCUAGAGAGAGAAACUUGCCUUCGGUUGAAUCCUUAGUUCUCAAGGUCAGUUCCCCCCUGCUCUUCUCCUUUUAGUUAGCUGUGCCCUGUGCCUUUAGGCUAGGAGAUAGAAUUUUUUAGAAAACACUAGCGUUUCCGAUCCCUCGAACUAGAGCCAAGAUGUCUUCCCAGAGUGAUUCCCAGGACAUCUCGGGGGCGCCCUCGGUGGGGGAUGAAGUCUUUUCGGACGUGGAGUCCUCAAGCGAACAGUCCACGGUGGGACAGGAUGCCGUCGUCGCCCUGGAGCUGCAGAAAGCCCUCGUUGCUGAGGCGGAAACCGAGGGCUUCGAACAGGAGUGUGAAGAUGAGGAGCUGGCCCUCGCCUGGCAAGCAGCUGAAGAAGAGGCGCAAAAAGAAGGCGCGAGGGUUACUAUUGUUGUUCUCCCCCCUCGGGGCACUGGUGAGGCCAGCACCUCUCGGCCGCUGAACGCGGUUCCCAUCCGGGUGGCCCCCGGAAAGAAGAAGGCCAAGGUCGCUGCUCCCAAGAAGAAGGGCAGCGUUGCAGACCAAGGGAAGCCCCUCUACAUGCCCGAGGGGUACUCAUACUUGAACACCGCCGCCUUAGAGAUAAGGUCGAAAGCUGAUGCGGUGGACAUCUACGUCACUCAACUACACGUGGGCCCCUCGGCCAUCGUGGUGACACCGGGUCCAGAUGACGUCCUCUCCCGGACUCCCGAGGGCUGCAUUGCGGUGCACAUUCUCUCCGUGUCCAUGGGGCUCCGCUUCCCCCUGCACCCUUUCCUCCGGGAGUACCUCCGGUUCGUGGGUUUGGUCCCCUGCCAACUGACCCCGAACAGUCAUUCCUACAUUACAGGCUUCCUCCAGCUCUGCAAGUCCCGGGGGGUAACACCUAGCCUGAAUCUCUUCUUCCAGAGCUUUAAUCUGUGACGGGGGGGCAUGCGAAUGCCGAGGGCUUCGCAAACUUGCAGCAGGUGGCCCUGUUCAAGCUCUUUACUGAGGCGCCCUCUUCGAACAAAGGGUGGAAAGACCGGUGGUGCUAUGUGAAGCUGACCGAGAGCCCCUUCCCGAGGGAAUUGCGUGACCGGUUUAGGAGGCACGAGAAGAGGAGGAGCGCCGCCCUCGAGAAAGACGGCAGGAUCCUGGCCAAAAUCCCGGAGGGCCGGGACAAAAAUAUAACCAUUAAGGAGUGCACCAAAGAGGAGGAUCUCUACACCCUCGGGUUCAGGCGGUAUCGCUUCCUGGGGGAGACAGAUGAGAAGUUCCCGACGUUUGAGGGAGCCUCCAGAGGUAGUGGCUGAGGGCACCCUUAUUUUAUAUCUUAGCAGAUAGUCCAUCUGCUUGUUUGUUUCUUUUUUGUGUCAUCUGUUAGUAACCCCUCGGUUUUAACCCCACACUGUCUUUGCAGGUAUCCCAGUCAAUAUGAUGAACGUCAGGGGGCUCGCUGAUCUGAAGAAGAAAAAACCCCCCAAGGCCCCCGGGGGGACGGAUGCUGGUGCCCCAAAACCCGCCGGUGACUUCUUCAAGAAGCCGGAGGGGCCAUCGGCGGCUCCAAACACUGAUGCAGCUGCCGCUGCCAAGAGGAAAGGCACGGGCAAGGCUCCCGAGAGCAAAAAGCCCAAGACCGGGGAUGCCGGGAAGAAAAGCCCCCCGAUGGUCAUUGUUGACGAUUUCCCCGCCUCCGGGGUGCACGAGGAGAUGCCGGUGGCGAAAGUGCCGGGGGGUGUCCGGGAGCCAUCUUCCGAGGUCCUGACGGUCUCCCUCCCGGUUGGUACGGCCGUGAUGAAUGGCACGGCUGACCCGAGGGCGCUUCUGAGAGGUAUAACCCUCGAUAUUGACAGGGCAGCCCUCGGGGCUGAUGAUGACCAAGUCCUCGAGGACAGGAUCCUCCGGUCUUCCCUCACGACCUGCAUUGCCCUCGGAGAGCAAGCCCGGCGGCUAGAGGAGUGGCGUCUUCGCAAGGCCGAGCAGGAUGCUAAGAUGCGGGAGCUCAUCCGCCAGAAUUCUGAUGCCGUCCAGCAGAUGGCUAUGCUGGAGGAGAGCCUUCGGCAGAUGACCUUGCGGGCGGAGGCCGCAGAUCGGGGCAGGGCGGAGGCUGAAAGGUCUGCAGCUGAGGCCCUUGAGAGAGCUGUCAGGGAGGCCGAGGCCGCCAAGAUGGAGGCCGAGACCGCUAAGGUGGAGGCCGUCGAGAGAGCCCGAGGGGACGCCAUCUCUGGGUUCUUGGCGGGGGGUGGCGAGCUGAGGAGCACAAGCAAUGGUUGUCCUCGGUCGUCGAGUCCUCGGUCGACGAGUGGUGCGACAGGCCUGGAGUGGAGUGGGUUUCCCAAAAGGGUAAACAGUAUUAUGAUGUGGGCGAGUUUUUCACCCAAGCCCUCAUCUACCGGAGGAUGGCUCGCCACCUGAAGAUUGAGCCAAAGGAUUUCGACCCGGCGGCAUACGGGCUUCCCCCCUGCAGCCAGACGUCCGUGUUCCUCUCCCCUCCGAUGUCGAGAGGCCAGACCUGGAGGACACCGAGCUCAUGAAGGUAGCCGAGGGUGACGAACCUGUGGCCGAUGCAGAGGUCACUUCGAAGCCAUCGGAGGAGACGGCCCCCGGGAAUGUUAACUUGUAAUUUUUUGAUGUAACAUGUUUUGAACAAUCCUUUUGUAAUGAAUGCGUGUGUGCUCUCGGCCUCGGCCAUAUAUUGUAACAUAUACAUUGGAAUC